CCACCAACACCAAGCCCUUUUCACUUUUCUUAAAAAGCAAGGAACCUGAAACCAACAAAAAAUGGGGGAGACAGAUCUAGCUACUGGUCUCACCAGUUCCAAUCUCCAAAUGAAAGCAGAGUGUUCUUAGAGAGUAGAGAUGCUGAAGCAAGAGGAGGAAUCGUUGAUCCAUUACCUGAAGAAGGAACUUGAAGCAUCUCUUCUUAGAACUGAUCUGUUGGAGAAACACAAUCAAGAACUGAGGCAAGAGGUUCUCCAUCUCAAGUCACAGAUCACAGCCCUCAAAGCUCAUGAGAAUGAGAGGAAAUCGAUGCUUUGGAAGAAGCUGCAGAGCUUCAAUGAAGUGACCAAGAACGACGUCUCUCAGCAGAAACAGCAACAACAGCAACACCAACACUAUCUUAAAGCAACAGCUGAGGGUAAAGAACCACAGUUGAAUUCAAGACCAAACCCACCAAUAUCAAGGCCUGCUUCCACUGCGUCGCCUUUACACGGGGAAGUUAAAGGGACUAAGCUACUGCCACCACCAGGUCCACCACCUCCUCCACCACUGCCAUCAACAACAUUAGUCAGUUUAAAGUCUAUUCGUCGUGUGCCAGAAGUUAUCGAGUUUUAUCGUAUGAUCACCAAGAAGGAUAUGCACAUUGAUACAAAGAAGAACCAUUCCACCACAUCACCACUUGCAUUCACGCCAGACAUGAUAGGAGAGAUCGAGAAUCGCUCUAGUUAUCUAUCUGCGAUAAAGUCGGAUGUAGAGAAGCAGAAGCAACUCAUAACCUCAUUGAUAAAACAAGUGGAGUCUGCAGCUUUCAAAGAGGUAUCAGAAGUAGAGGGUUUCAUGAAAUGGCUGGAUGACCAACUGUCGUUGCUUGUCGAUGAGAGGGCAGUGCUGAAGCAUUUCCCACAGUGGCCUGAACAGAAAGUUGAUGCCUUGAGAGAAGCUGCUUCCAACUACCAGAACCUGAGGAACCUUGAGUCUGAAGUUUUGUCGUUCGAGGACAAUCCAAAGGAGCCAUUGAUCAAGGCUCUAGCAAAGAUGCAAGCUUUGCAAGACAGGUUGGAAAAAAGUGUUAAUGGUAUGGAGAGGAAUAAAGAGAGUAUGAUGAAGAGAUACAAGAACUUCCAGAUCCCCUGGAACUGGCUACUUAGCACUGGAUUCCUUGGACAGGUGAAAUUGAGUUCUUUGAAGAUAUCAAGAGAGUACAUGAAGAGGAUUGCUAUAGAAAUGAAGUUGAAUCAGAGCUCAGAGGACAUCAAUCUGCUUCAUCAAGGUGCUAGAUUGGCAUAUAGAGUGCACCAGUUUGCAGGUGGAUUUGACACAGAAACCAUAAAUGCAUUUCAGGAGCUUAAGAAGGCAGCCAUGAAUGGCCAAUGAUAAACUAUUGUACUCUUUAAUUUAUUCACCGACAGAGCUAGGCAUAUAAAAAUGAAACCUUCCUGUGCACCGUUCAUCCAAUGUCCAUCGCCGGCGACAACUUUCCGAAUCCGGCGACACGUACUCCACCGGGCCUGGACUGCUUCCCAGGUUCCUCACUGUUUAAGCCCAAACAACCGGACUCGCCUGACUAAUGGGCCGGCGGCAUAUUAGCCCAAAACUUAAAAAUGUCAUUUGUGACUGUGAGCUAGUUUUCAUUCUCUUGGGCCCAAUCGUAAAUUUAACUUAAGAAACGGUAAAAAGCGAAGACGAAUAAAGAGCUGCCGAG